AUGGAUGCUUACCCUAUCGAGAUCCAACAACACGUAGGUAUGUACGUACUAUCUACAGCGCUAAGUGGUGCCAAGGGUGCGACCAUCGGCUCUGCGAGGGGUCCCUGGCCUAAACGUCACGGUGGGCAGGGGCAGGCAGCCCAGGCGACCAAGGCACAUUGCAACAAUCAGGCUCGCAUGCACGACGGGGAGCAGUUUUGA